AUGGAAUACCCUCGCCCCGACUUCCAACGGACCCCCCUCAAAUGGGCCUCUCUCAACGGCCCUUGGGAUUUCCUCUUCGACGACAGCGACAGCGGCCUGUCGUCCUGGCCUCGCCACGGACUCCCCGACAAGAACAAGACCACGAUCCAAGUCCCGUUUGCCUUCCAGACUGCCGCGUCGGGGAUCAACGAUCAAUCCGCCCACGAGGUGAUCUGGUACGAACGGCGGAUCCGCGAUCUCCGCAGCGGGCAGCAAGUCUCGAGCGAACGGCUUCUCCUUCGAUUCGGAGCAGUGGACUAUGAAUGCUCGGUCUGGGUGGAUGGAGUGUUCGCCGGAGAACACCGCGGUGGACACGUUCCGUUCGACCUGGAGAUAUCUUCCCUCACGAGUCCGGAGAAGGAACACCGGCUGACGAUUCGGGUUCGCGAUUCACCGUCCGACCUCACGCAGCCCCGAGGCAAACAGUACUGGGCUCCUAUUCCCGAGAGUAUCUUCUACACGCCCACGAGCGGCAUCUGGCAGUCUGUCUGGCUGGAGAGCGUGCCGCGGGUGAGGCUCGGAGACGCCAGCCAGGGCACUCUGCUGCGAUCGGACGAUCUCCAGUCCGGCCUGCUGCAUGCCCGGAUCGUCGUUCUCGGGCGUCAGGCUGGGGCUUCUGUCCGGGUGGAGAUGGAGGCGCGACUGGGUGGCCGGCUGGUGGGUGUUGCUGCGAGUGACUUGCCCAAGGAUCAAGAGUUUGCUCUUCUCGACCUGGAUAUGAAGGUGAAGGAGAGCCGCCAUGAAGGCCUCGACUGGCAGAACGACGUGGCGGUUUGGUCUCCCCAGCAUCCAACGCUGUAUGACCUCAGACUGCGGCUGUUGGAUGGCUCCAACACGCUGCUCGACGAGGUGCACACCACGACAGGCAUGCGGCGUCUCUCCUGGUCGAACGGGGACGGCAGCUUCAGACUCAACGGCCAGCCGAUCUUCCAGCUGCUGGUGUUGGACCAGGGAUACUGGCCGCACACGGGGCUGACGCCUCCCUCGCAGCAGGCCUUGAAGGACGAUAUCCAGCGCGCGCAGGCGAUGGGCUUCACGGGCUGUCGCAAGCACCAGAAGGUCGAGGAUCCUGUUUUCCUCUACUGGGCUGACCGGCUGGGGUAUCUCGUCUGGGGGGAGAUGGCCAACGCCUACGCCUUUGGCCACGAGUAUAUCGACCGGUUCAACGCCGAAUGGACGGCCGCCGUGCGCAGAGACAUCAACCAUCCGUCGGUGAUUGCCUGGACGCCGGUCAAUGAGAGCUGGGGGUAUCCUGCUCUCAAGGGGGAUGUCCAUCAACGGAACCAUCUCCGUUCUCUCUACUACCUCACAAAAACGCUCGAUGACUCUCGUCCUGUGAAUGACAACUGCGGCUGGGAACACGUCCACACCGAUCUCACCACCUUCCACGACUACGCCGACGCAGCCGACCUGGCACGCACCUGUGCCAGUCUGGAUGGCAUCCUCGGCCCCAAGGCCGAUCACGCCAUGUUUGUGCAGCCGCUGCACCCGGACAAUCAGCAGCACGACGCAGGGAGUCGCCAUUCCCCCGGCGCCCCGGUGAUCUGCACCGAGUUCGGCGGCGUCAAUAUCGCGCCCGCCAGGGACUCGCCCGCAGGGGAGCGAGACUGGGGAUACACGACGGCUCUGGACGCCGCCGAUCUGUUGGCCAGAUUGGAGAGGCUGGUCAUGGCGGUCGCGGGGGGGCACACCUGUGGACUGGUCUAUACUCAGCUAUAUGACAUUGAGCAGGAAGUGAAUGGCCUCUAUACGUAUGAUCGCAAGGCCAAGAUCCCGCCGGAAGAGGUCAAGAAGAUCAUGCAGAGGGCUUUCCGUCAGGGCUAG